GAGCGGGGCGGGGCGCAGGACUUAGGGAGUUGUGCUGUCAAGAGACGGGCCAGUUCAGGGCCAGGCUGCUGGUGGCGCGCGGGAGUACUUGGCACGGGGCGAGCCUCCAGCACACUUUUUCCCCCUCCUCCUCAACGGGCUUUUCACUUGCUUUUCGGAGGCGCGAGGCAUGGAACCCCACCGCUGGCUGCCGCUGGAGGCGAACCCUGACGUCACGAACCAGUUUCUCAAACAGCUGGGGAUACAACCCAGCUGGCAAUUUGUAGAUGUGUAUGGCAUGGAUCCAGAACUCCUUAGCAUGGUGCCAAGGCCUGUCUGUGCUAUUCUUCUUCUUUUUCCAGUUACAGAAAAGUAUGAAACUUUCCGAACAGAAGAGGAAAAUAAAAUAAAAGCUGAAGGCCAAGAAGUGAAACCAACAGUAUAUUUCAUGAAGCAAACAAUCAGUAAUGCCUGUGGAACUAUUGGACUGAUUCAUGCUAUUGCAAACAAUAGAGAUAAAAUUACCUUUGAAGCAGACUCUUCUUUGAAGAAGUUCUUAGACGAUUCGGUAAACAUGAAUCCUGAAGAGAGGGCCAAAUUCCUAGAAACCUAUGAAGCUAUACGUGUUACUCAUGAAUCCAGUGCCCAUGAAGGUCAGACUGAGUCUUCAUCAUCCCUGCUGCCCUCGCCAUCCUCACCACAACUUCAGUACUUUAGCCACUGCAAAAUGAAGGCUUCAUCUUUGCGUCGCUCUGCAUCCUUGACACUGAUCAGAUGUGAUCAUGUAGCCCCUGUAAAGGCUACAAGCCCACCUGUCUGCCUUCAGCGUUGGAGGCCCACAAUACCUUUAUCAGCUAUUGGGCUCCACUGUGUUGUAAGUGUAGUCUCUCUUCCGUUUCUUCUCUGCGGAAAGACUUUUGCCUCAGCAUUUCAGCUUAGAACUGCUUCUGUUCUCUGAAUUCUAUUCUGGACUUUUCUUGGUGUAGGAUGCUCUCAACCGCGAGGCUUUGCUGUCUUAAAUCCUCAAAAAAAGCUCUCCCAAAUGAAUAUCAACACCAAAGAUGAGGAAAAUUAUUACUUCUUCAAUAUUUUUAUCCUAUCUAUUACCUGGUUGCUUUUGCCUUAUUGGUGUUUCAGUGGGACUUGCAAAACUUCUCAUUCUGUGCCAAAUCCUCUUCCUUCGCAUCUGAUU